AUGGUUUACAGACCGGUGAAUCCAAAGGCUUUAAAUGUGCUCAAUCAAAAGUAUAUCGGAUUAGUGCCUAAAAAGUGGUCAUCGGCUAAAAUUUUGGCAAAAAAAUUUGGUACGUCUACUUGGGAACUCGCGUAUAAAUUUGGUAAACGCACCACCAUACAUGGCGUCAACAGGUUACUCAGUGAAAAAUCUGGUAAACUGGAAAGAACAAUUUGGCUAUGCGCUGUUGUAGUGGCACUUGUGGCAGCGGUUUACGUAUGCCUCAUAUUAUCAAAGCGAUUCAACGAGGGAAAAUUUGAGACCGUUGUGGAUAAUACACGUUAUCCUGUCUACCGUGUGGUAUUUCCAGUGAUUACAAUAUGCAAUUUAAAUCGGCUUAAUUGGCAACGUUUGGAGGAGGCGAAGCAACGAUUUUUACCAAAUGAAAAAUCACAGGAAAAAUUAAAAUUAUUUGAGAAAAUUAUUGGCACAUAUGACGACAUACGUUUCGCAAAUUUUGAUAAAUUCGAUGUGCUAGCAGAAGAGCCGCUCGAACUACUUAAAAAUAUUAAUUUUAGUUUGGUAUUUGAGUUCAUGACUUGGCGUUGUGAUGAAAUGUUGGCAUUUUGUAAAUGGCGUCAUUUUAAAAUGAAUUGCUGUGAAAUAUUUUCAAAGCGUCGCACCAGAAGUGGCUUGUGUUGGUCAUUUAAUACAUUGGAAACAGAUGAGGGUCGGCGUAUGCAACGCUUAGACCCAUACUGGCCAUGGCAUACUGGUGCAGCUGGACCCUCAACUGGUCUAAGCUUAAGAGUACUUUUGCAGCCGGAAAAUAAUUUUCCAAAUCGCAUUAGCGAGCGUGGAGUAAGCGUAAUGGUUACUGAACCAUUUGUUUGGCACAAGGAUCCUUAUAUAAUUCCCGAAAAUACACAAACUACAGUCGAGAUCGAACCAAUUAUUUAUUUUUACGAUAAUGACACACGAAUUAUAUCAUCCGAUCAACGUCAAUGUGUUUUUGCGGAUGAACGCAAUAGUCUUGACUAUAAGACAUUGCAGGGCUAUGUUUAUAUGAUUGAGAAUUGUGAAUCGCAGUGUCAUCAGGAGUAUUUGGUGCGAUAUUGUAAUUGCACAUUAGACUUACUUUUCCCUCCAGGUCCUUACACUUCUUGUAAAUCAACAGAUCUGCCAUGCUUAGCACUAAAUAAUGAAUAUUUGCGAUAUACUCGUCAACCAGGUGAAGAAAAAUUUGUUCGACUGUUCUACGACGCAAUGCUGUGCAAAUGUUAUCGCAAUUGUUUUUCACUUAACUAUUUUGCGGAUGUUCGUCCAUCAUUUAUACCACCGGAAGUCCGUGGCAAUAUGUCAUAUGUUGACUUGGAUGUAUUCUUUCGUUACGAAUCAAUGAUGGUCUAUCGAACACGUUUAAUUUUUGGUUGGGUCGAUUUAUUAGUGGCUUUCGGCGGUAUAGCUGGUCUAUUUCUUGGCUGCUCAUUAAUAAGUGCUAUGGAAAUUGUGUAUUUUGUAUUUGUUGAACUGCCCAAUUAUCUUUCACAAAGGAUACGUGACAAAUUGCAAGAACGUCGUAUUGAGACGAAUAAUAAUCUGAGCUCUAAUACAAUAAAUCAUAACAUCACACAAAAUCAAUUUGAGGAAUAUGUUUUAAAUGGCAGGAAACAAAACAAAUUCAUUAGCAGACCUGUUUGGAAUUAGU